AUGUACACAUGUCUCAUUGAAGGCUAUAAGUGUGAAAAAUCCUUCCAGAAUCUUUCCUCACGAGAUCAUCACAACGGAUAUCAUAGUGGAUGCAAAGCCAACCAGUGUAAGGAAUGUGGAGAAGGCAACAGAAACUCUCCUGUCAGAAUUCCUACCAAAAAGAAAUUCUAUGAAUGUAAUGACUGUGGCAAAGCUUUUAGUCUAUCCUCAUACCUCACAAAGCAUAUGAGAACUCACAGUGGAGAGAGGCCUUAUGAAUGUGAUGAAUGUGGUAAAGCCUUUAGUCAGUCCUCAGACCUCUUAAAGCAUAUGAGAACUCACAGUGGAGAGAGGCCUUAUGAAUGUAAUGACUGUGGUAAAGCCUUUAGUCAGUCCUCAGACCUCACAAAGCAUAUGAGAACUCACAUUGGAGAGAGGCCUUAUGAAUGUAAUGAGUGUGGUAAAUCCUUUAGUCAGUCCUCAGACCUCACAAAGCAUAUGAGAACUCACAGUGGAGAGAGUGGAGAGAGGCCUUAUGAAUGUGAUGAAUGUGGUAAAGCCUUUAAUUGGUCCUCAUACCUCACAAUGCAUAUGAGAACUCACAGUGGAGAGAGGCCUUAUGAAUGUAACGACUGUGGUAAAGCCUUUAUAAGCGGUCUCACAGUGGAGAAAGGCCUUAUGAAUGUAAUGAAUGUGGUAAAGCCUUUACUCAUAAGGGAAUUCACAGUGGAGAGAGGCCUUAUGAAUGUGAUGAAUGUGGCAGAGCCUUUACUCCUCCCUAAUGCCACAGGGCCUGAGCCUAAGAAGCCGUUGCAGCCACAGCCGUAG